AGCAGAGAGCCCAGCAGUGACAGAGGCCGGGCUAGAAGAAGCCUCUAGCUUUGGAGGACAGGCCUACCAGGGCAGAGCUCCAGCUGCAGGAAUCCGGCCAUGGUGAACGAAGCCCGAGGCAGCGGCUCUUCAGAGGGCAGCAGCAGCGGCAGUGAAGGCUCCAAGGAGAGCUCCCGCUGUCCCACCCCCGUGUUGGACGCUGAGCGGCAUGAGCGGCUGCGUGAGAAGAUGCAUCGCAGGAUGGAGUCGGGGGACAAGUGGUUCUCUCUGGAGUUUUUCCCUCCUCGAACUGCUCAGGGAGCAGUCAAUCUCAUCUCUAGGUUUGACCGCAUGGGGGCAGGUGGCCCCCUCUUUGUGGAUGUUACCUGGCACCCGGCAGGGGAUCCUGGCUCAGACAAGGAGACCUCAUCCAUGAUUAUCGCCAACACAGCUGUAGACUACUGUGGCCUGGAGACAGUCCUGCACAUGACCUGCUGUCACCAGACCCGGGAUGAGAUCACCAGCCACCUGCACAAGGCCAAGCGGCUGGGCCUAAAGAAUAUCAUGGCAUUGCGAGGAGACCCCAUGGGUGAUGAGUGGGAGGAAGAAGAAAAUGGCUUCAGCCAUGCAGUGGACCUGGUGAAACACAUCCGCAGUGAGUUUGGGGACUACUUUGACAUCUGUGUAGCAGGUUACCCCAAGGGUCACCCAGAGGCAGCAAGCUUUGAAGAGGACCUUCAGCACCUCAAGGAGAAGGUGUCAGCAGGGGCUGACUUCAUUGUCACACAGCUCUUCUUCCAGGCAGACACUUUUUUAAAUUUCACCAAAGCCUGUGCAGCGAUAGGCAUCACGUGCCCCAUCCUUCCAGGAAUCUUCCCCAUCCAGGGUUAUCACUCCCUGCGGCAGCUGGUGAAGCUCUCCAAGCUGGAAGUGCCGCAGGAAAUCAAAGAUGUGAUUGAGCCAAUCAAGGACAACGAUGCUGCCAUCCGCAACUAUGGAAUCGAACUGGCUGUGGCCAUGUGCCAGGAGCUGCUGGCUAGCGGCUUGGUACACGGCCUCCACUUCUACACCCUCAACCGUGAGGUGGCAACUGUGGAGGUGCUGAAGAGGCUGGGCAUAUGGAACGAAGAUCCCAGGCGUCCUCUGCCAUGGGCUGUCAGUGCCCAUCCCAAACGCCGAGUAGAGGAUGUCCGACCAAUCUUCUGGGCCUCUAGACCAAAGAGUUACAUCUACCGAACACAGGCAUGGGAUGAAUUUCCCAAUGGUCGUUGGGGGAACUCCUCGUCCCCAGCCUUUGGUGAGCUGAAGGACUAUUAUCUCUUCUGCCUGAAGAGCAAGUCCCCAAGGGAAGAGCUACUGAAGAUGUGGGGGGAGGAACUGACCAGUGAAGAGAGUGUCUUCGAAGUGUUUACCAACUAUCUCUCUGGAGAACCCAAUGCGAAUGGCUACAAAGUGACCUGUUUACCUUGGAACGAUGAGCCUCUGGCAGCCGAGACCAGCCUGAUGAAAGAGGAGCUGCAGAAGGUGAAUCAGCGAGGCAUCCUCACCAUCAACUCCCAGCCCAAUAUCAACGGGAAGCCGUCCGCUGACCCCAUCGUGGGCUGGGGCCCCAGUGGCGGCUAUGUCUUCCAGAAGGCCUAUCUGGAGUUCUUUACCUCCAGUGAAACAGUGGCGGCUCUUCUCCAGGUGCUGAAGAAAUAUGAGCUCCGUGUCAAUUACCACAUUGUCAAUGUCAAGGGUGAAAACAUCACCAAUGCCCCUGACCUCCAGCCCAAUGCUGUGACUUGGGGCAUCUUCCCUGGGCGAGAGAUCAUCCAGCCCACGGUAGUGGAUCCUGUCAGUUUUAUGUUUUGGAAGGAUGAGGCCUUUGCCCUGUGGAUUGAGCAAUGGGGGAAGCUGUAUGAGGAGGAAUCCCCAUCGAGGAUGAUCAUCCAGUAUAUCCAUGACAAUUAUCACCUGGUCAACCUGGUAGACAACGAGUUCCCCUUGGACAAUUGUCUGUGGCAGGUCCUAGAAGACACCUUUGAGCUCCUCAGCAGGCCAGCCCUGCAGUGAGAGAUGGGAAAGCUCGGGGCCCCUGGAGCCACCUUCCUCAGCCCCCCAGGCAUCCUCUCUUUCCUCUCUUCCUCAGUGUUCCUCUAAGGAUUCUCCAGCUGUUUUCUUCUCCAUCCUGUCUGGUUACACGCGCCCCGGCUCCCAUCCCCACCUCCUAUCCCCAUCCCUCCCCAGUGACAGCUGCUAGGCUGGUUCCUGACCUCUGUGCUUGGAUUCAACCAGAGUCUGUUCUGCACUCGAGGCUUGGUGGAUUUCCCCCACACUAUAAUUGUGCUAUUUUCCCCUUUUGUUGGGGAGUAACUCCAUCCUGCGACCCUGUAAUGGCCCUAGGCCAUGGAGGAGCACUGGCCAUCCAAUGGCACCUUUCAGUUCUCCUGAGGAGGUGAAGUGACCUGAGACUGUGAGCACUGGUCCAGAGUGCCUGCUUAGCCAGCAGGGCCUUCCAAAGAAACUGUCUGCUGUUCUGUUUCCUGGGCCACACGCUGAUGUUCAAGCCCCAGACAUACCUGGAAAUGCCCUGCUGUGCAUGGAGAACUGGGACUGUUGGACUAGACACAUGGAUGUUGGACUUUGGGGUCCUUUUGCCUCAGGGACUGUGGCCUAGUUCUUGCCUCAGUUUCCCCAUAUAUGAAAGGAGAGGCGAGCAUGAACUCUUCUGCCUUCCUAGGCAGGAGGAGGUCAGGCAAGCACACAGACCUCGGGCUGCCACAUAACCACUAUUAGCACUUACCCUCUUCCAUUGGAGCAUUGGUUGAGUCUGUGGUUCCAAAUUUACUGCCAUCUUUCUUUUCCUGAUUGGCCUGUGUUUAAUCUGUCUGGGAAACUCCCAGUGUGGAGUCUCCCUCUCGUCUUCCUGAUUCCAAGAUUGGCCCUCUGUCCCCUGCUCUAGCCUCCCUUUGUUCCUACUAUAAGCUCCUCUGUUUCCAUAGAUUUGUGGUUUGAAAGAAAACAUCUUAGGGAGUUUCAAGUGACUUCAGAAGCAUCCUCAGUGGAAACCCUGCCCUCAUUUUCCUCCUUAGGGAGACAGAAAGGAGCAAGAGUCUAUGACCCUUGAGGGCAAAGGGGUCGAUGCUAGACCCAAAGGGGUCAGUCACAUGGUUGGAGCAGCCUCUUUCAGUGCUGGGCCUGCUUGCAUUCUCAAAGGGAGCCCUUUGACCAGCCCUGGCUAAUAUUUGCUGCUUUUUAAAUGAUACCUCUUCUUCUUCUACGAACCUCAGGUCUGGCCUGCUCCAUCUUCUUCCUUCCUCUCCUAAAGGCGUUUGUCUUGUGCGUGAAUGAAUGUCAGUAAAUAGCACUUUCCCCAGCUGGGUCAAUCAUGCUAUCUGGCAAGUACAGGGUUAAGGGAAAGUCCUCUCUCUGUCCUCCCCACCCCCACCCCCAGGCUCCCCUUCUAGAGCUGAGAUCAGCUGUCUUGGAGCCAGUGCUGGGUCAGCAGAGAGAAAAUCUUGCUAGGGAGGGAAGGGGGGUGGACAGAAGGAAGCAAAUGCAGCAGAGCAGAAACAGGGAAGCUGCUUGGGGAGGGGGUGACCCUAAGUCCAGUCAACACUGCCUGGCCCCAGUUCUGCCUAUUUUCUUGUAGGUGGGGGCUCCCCAAAUCAGAGUUGGGGGACUUUGGCGGUUAUUUUAGACUACCAGCCUGAACAGAACCCUCCUUGGAGCAUCCCCAACCUCUGCUUAAAGACCCCGACCACUUGGAAGUCACUACCUCUGGACUGCCCAGUCACCUUGGAAAACACCCAUUUGGAUUUUGUAAUGAAUUUAAAUCUGCCUGUGCCUGUGGGCAGCUUUUAUUGCCCCUAUUUCUGCCCUCUGAGGCUCAUUCCUUUUUGACAUGAAAGCAUUUGAAGGUAGUGAUUAUGUUCCCAAUCCCCAAGUUUGCAGUUUUUCCUGUAGAUCACAUGACAAGUUUCUGGUCCCCUCACCAGCCUGGUUAAACAUCAGUCCUAAAAUGUGGACCUCAGGACUGAAAUCCAGUGCUACAGAUCUGACCUGGAAUAGGCUGGGUCCUCCAGCACAGACGAAACCCAGAGGGAGGCAAGGAAAUGAAUGGCAUUUUAUUAUCUGUUAAAGUCAAGGUCUCUGCCCUGAGAGCUGCUUUUCAUUUAACCAUUACCAGACAAGUUUGCUGGAAUUUUUUCUGUCUAGCCCUGGUGGGUGGAAUGGGACAGGAUGGGGACAGGGUUGGACUUCUUGGCCCUCCAUCCCUAUGGGCUGUGCCUAAAUGGACACGUGCUGACCCAUGAUCACUGACUGGUACCUCCUCUCUUGGGUACCUGGACUGCCCAGCGCUGGUACCAUCUUCCAAAGGCCUGAAACCAAGGGCAGGAGGGAAAGGGGAAAACUAUCUUUAGUUACUCCUGUCCCUGGCUCCCUGCCCAGCCUCAGGGUCAGACUGUCCAUGCAAAGAGGAGGCAACAGCUGAGUUCCAGACCCUCCCCCUUAGGAAAGCUAAAUAAAAAGCCCCUCCACCCCCAAGAGGGCAGCCAGCCAAUCCAGGGCAGAAUUAGCCCAGAAUAUCUGGAAAGAUAUGUAGGAAUACUGCUUAGAAUGGAGUAGGCCCAGGAAGGGGUGCACGUCCUCACACUACCCAGGCAUCUAUUCCUUGCCUGGUAUAGGACUUGGAAUGGGGGGGGGCGGUUAUUAGCAGCUGUUUCUGGGACCAGGACAGUCUGGCAUCUGAGGCAUCUGAGGCAUCUGAGGAGUGAAGUUGGGGCUUGAAACAAAAGCUGAACUCCCUUAACAACCUCAACAGAAACUAGUACCUCUCCUUGGUAUGUGUUAGAGUGAAGCAGGGAGGAGCGUGUCUGGAGGGGCACGGUCCUGGAGAAAAUGCAUCUAGGGAGCUCAGGAAUGUGGUCCUACCACAGGCCUAGAAAGCACCUACCCACCCUGGUUUUAGGGCCAUCACCUGGUGGUCAUGGAUACCUGAGAGAGGACCCUGUGGUCUUGCAAACACAGGGCCACCUGAAGCUGUAGCCACCGCCUCCGCCACAUCCCCCAGCCCCAUUCCAGCCGCCGCUGCCUGACCUGUACAAGGGCAACAUGAUGUCAGGAGUGGGAGCCCACCUGAGGACAUCAUGUGGGCAUCACCUGAUGACUGCAGCCUGCCCCAAUUUAACAGUUCUAAGGAUCACGGACAAGGAAGGUGUAUGCUGAAUGGGAGCAAGUGCAAAAGGCCUUUGGCAUCCUAACAAUCUAUUUGGUAUCUUUAAUGACUGGAAUUACAUGUGGAAAUAUGUUUUGCAUGGUUACAUAUGAUAUAAUCUAUGUCAAAUUGCUUAUUGUCUCAAGGAAGGAAUUUGGAACUCAAAUUUAAAAAAAUGUUAAUUCUUUUUACAUGUAAUUGGGAAAAAAUAAAAUAUCUUUUAG